AUGGUAAAACAAACAGAUUAUUAUUUAAUGGCUUCAUAUUCUUACCACGUUGUGUUGUUGAUUUUGUUUUCAGCUCUGGCAAGUUUGUUCAUCGAGAUAAGUGGAUCAAUCUCUCUUCGCCCAGUCCUGACUGGCCCUGACAUGGCCUACCUUGGCUCGAGGGUGGCUUUCCGGUGUAUUGCACCUAACUCCUCUCUGCCAGUCUCCUACGAGCUGAUGGGGGACAAUGGUGUCCUGAUCGCCACAGGUACGGAUCUCCAAGGGGACCAACCUGCAUCAUUCUUCCUGAAGGUCACUGCAAUGUCAGAGGGGUCAUACCAUUGCAAGGCAACAACUGAAGGAGGCACAGGAGUCAGCAAUAUCAUUAAGCUGAGUGUAGUCACUCCAGCAUCGAAUACCAGAGUGACCUCUGAACCCUUCCCCCCAGUCGCAUACGAGGGGUCACGCAUCAUCCUGAGCUGCAACGUCACAAUAGGCUCACACCUCUCUUACACCUGGUUUUUCAAUAAGAAGGAAAUAACAUCUUCAACCUCUCCCUUUUUCCACCUCACUGGGAACAAGCUAGUGAUGAAGAGGGUGACUCCAGAGCUUUCAGGGGACUAUUACUGCAUGGCUUGGUCCAGUGUGCAAGACAUCAGGAGGUUUUCAAGCAGCAGGGUGGUCCAGGUGACAGUCAAAGCCUAUGUGUCAAAACCGAACAUCUCUUUCUCCAUCUCCAAAGAAGAAGACAGUUACAGUGGCAACGUUACCUGCUGGUCAACAAGGGGGAGUCUCCCGGUCAACUUCUCACUUUCAGUAGAUAACAACAAAGUGGGAUCAGUGACAGUGACUGAAUCCCUCUUUGCCUGGUUCUCUGUCGCCAUGGUGCCUGGGCUGGACAUGGGCGAGGCACAAUGUCAUGUGAAAAGUGAGAUGCAGGAGUUGAUGAGUGAACCUCUGACUCUGGAAGUGGUCCCAGUUGGAGGUGAUGUGAAAGUGGAGGUGGAGUAUCUCUACAGAGCGGACUCCACACUGGCUGCUGCCAGGCUGACCUGUCAGGUCAGCAGAGGAACUUUCCCUUACAUCUCCUGGCUCUUGAACGACUCUGUCCUUCCCUCUGAGACACGUGUGGACUCCCACAUUCGGCCCGUCCUGCCUCACAUUGGCCUCACCGACCGUGGAAGAAUCCUUGUAAUCUCUAAACUCGGCCCAGAGGAGUCUGGGUAUUACAGCUGCAGGGUCAGGGACAGCUUCGAUGACUCCGGGCCCUGGGUGGAGAGUGUGGCUGUACUGGUCCGAGUCAUAGACAGGAUCCUUAACUCCACACAUCAAGCAACAUCUUCCAUUGAAACACCACCAAGUGGUCUACUGAACAUUAUCGAGAUUAUCAGUAUAGCGCUCUGUUGCUUCCUUCUUCUGAUGAUGGCAGUGGGCGUAGUCUGUGUUUACAGGAUGUUUAACCACAGCAAAGCUCUUGCCCACUUUGCUAUGUCAAGUCCUGAUGCACCUCUGUCUGCACCCACGUCCCAGUCAGGAGGCAAGGAGGUGGACAAUUCUUCAACAGACUGUGACGUCCACAGUCAGUUUCAGAUCACAGAGAGCACAGUUUGACACAAGAGGAAGAUCCUGCGCCUCUCAUCAAAUUUAUCAGCUCUUCAUGCAAAUUGCCAAUAUUUAACUUUAAAUUUGCAGCUUUUUUUGUUGUUGUUCUGCAAGUACUGCAUUUUCUACUUUUCCCAACCUGCCAAGUUAAGCUACUUUUAACUGGUGGAAUAUUUAAUUAAGAAGACUGAGACCAUACUUUUCUGCAAAACUACUGUAUACUGUCAUGUUUAUUUCCAAAUAAAUAAAACAAGAUAAAAAAAAAACUAGUAUUUUUUGUGAAACCAAUGAAAAUAAAUUAUGCUUGAC